AUGUCCUUUAGAUCACAAUCAACAGGGAGCAGUCAAUUCGCGGAGAAGAUAACAGAGGAUCCUGUAACGUACAAGACCGCACAAAGCACCGUGACAUGCAUAUACCAAACGCAUAUAUCCGGAUUUUGGAGAAACGUGACGGUUCUAUGGUCCAAGAAUCUCAUGAACCAUUCGCUUACGGUCAUGGUAACAAACGUAGAAGGCGAUAUGAAUUAUUGCUGCAAGGUUGAUCUCAAGCCGUGGCAUUUCUGGAACAAGAAAGGUUACAAGUCGUUCGAGGUGGAAGGUAACACGGUAGAGGUCUAUUGGGAUUUCAGGUCAGCGAAAUUCGCGAACAGCCCCGAGCCGAGCUCGGACUUCUACGUGGCUCUAGUCUCGGAGGAGGAGGUGGUUUUGCUUGUGGGUGAUUACAAGAAGAAGGCUUUCAAGAGAGCAAAGUCGAGACCCGCUUUGGUCGAAGCUGCCUUGUUCUACAAGAAAGAAAACGUGUUUGGGAAGAAAAGUUUUUCUACGAGGGCAAAGUUUUACGAUAGGAAGAAAGAGCACGAGAUCAUCGUGGAGAGCUCGAUCUCGGGGCCUAAAGAGCCGGAGAUGUGGAUAAGCAUAGACGGGAUUGUGUUGGUGCAAGUCAAGAAUCUGCAAUGGAAAUUCAGAGGGAAUGAGACGGUGCUUGUAGAUAAACAACCGGUUCAAGUGUUUUGGGAUGUGUAUGAUUGGUUGUUCAGCGCGCCAGGGACAGGGCAUGGUUUGUUUAUAUUCAAACCGGGGACUGUUGAAGAGAGCGACAUGGAAGGAAGUGGUCACGGUGGUGGUGAGAGUGAUACGAGCACAGGGAGCAGAUAUUAUUCGACCAAGAGUAGCUCUUUGCCGCCGGAGUUUUGCCUCUUUCUUUAUGCAUGGAAACUUGAGUAG